AUGGCGCGCUCCGGAGCAUGCGACGGCUCCGAAGUCCAUGAAGACCACAUCGACUUCCUCCGCCACACGCGGCGGCUGCCCGGAAAAGACUUUGUGAAGGUCCGCCUCGCGCCAGAGAGGGAGAUCUCGCCGGCGUCGGAGGAGGGCGAGCGGGUCGUCUUCCACUCGCACUGCCUGCGUGGCCUCGGCUUGUCGGCGAGCAGCUUCUUCCGCUCCCUCCUCCAGCAGGCCGCCGGCGCCGCGGGGCCGGAGUGUCGAUUCCUCCCCAACCAAGCGGAGAGCGACGUGGACGACCCCAACUUGGGGGCGGCGGCCUUGGAGGAUGACGCCGAGGGAGGAGGCGGCGAGGCAGGCGGCUCAGGGUUCCGAGCCAGCCUCGAGGACUGGCCAGACGACAAUGCGGGGGAAGUCGUCCCGCGCCGUCAGCCGGGGUCCGAUCAACAGGGCGCAAGCUCGUCUGCCGCGCCGGCAGCCCGAGGUGGUGCGCACAAGCGCAGGGCCACGCCAAGCCUAUUCGGCAGCCGGCCGAAGAAACCCAGGGGCUCGGCCGCGGCAACUAAGCGGGAUGAAGCGGCCGCGAAGGCCAUCCGCUUCCGCAAGGUGGUGAAGGAGCCGCAGCUGGUUUCCGCGGCCCCACUCUCUCCUGAGAAGUCAGCCGCCGGCUCCAUCGUUGGGUCAGCGGAGACUUCGGCCACCACGCGGCGAAUCGACCCGGCCGCCGACCUCCGGGAGGCAACGGAGCGAAACGCGUGGGAGGUGCGCGAGGAGCAGGAGGCCGCCCGCCUGGAGAAGGCGGAAGUGGAAAGGGCGGAGGCUGCCGCCCUGAAGAAGCUGGCGGAAGCCGAGGCAGCCAUCGCGGCGAAGAAGCAGGCUAAAGAAGCCGCGCGCCACCAGUCGGAUUAUCACAACCUUCGCGUGGCCGCCUUUAACUCCAACGUCCAGGAGCUGGAGACCAACGCCACCUUGCAGCAGCAGCAGCAGGGCGAAGCCAACACCACGCUGCGUGCCAAGGAGGUGGAGUGCGGCAAGCUGGCUGAAGAGCAUGACCGGCUGGUCGCGCAACUAGCAGAUCAGGCGGAGCUUCUCAAGAAGCCAAUCAGGCCAUUGAAGCUGACCGCGAAGGACGGAGGGCGGAAGGUGCGCAGAUUGCUGCCGACGCCCCCGGACCCUUAG